AUGUCAAACCUUGCCAAGCUUGAAUUUAUAGCCCUUGAUAUUGCCGGAAAGAAUUAUUUAUCAUGGGUGUUAGAUGCUGAAAUACACCUAGAUGCUAAAGGGCUUGGUGAAACAAUCAAAGAGCCUAAUAAGGCAACAUCUCAAGAUAAGGCUAAAGCCAUGAUAUUCCUUCUCCAUCAUCUACAUGAAGGGCUCAAAAAUAAAUAUUUAACUGUGAAAGACCCACAAAUUCUUUGGAGUAAUCUAAAGGAGAGGUAUGACCACCAAAAAACAGUGAUACUCCCUAAAUCUCGUUAUGAUUGGUUGAAUUUGAGAUUGCAAUAUUUUAAAUCUAUUAGUGAAUAUAACUCAGGUAUGUUCAAGAUAAUUUCCCAAUUGAAAUUAUGUGGAGAAAAUAUUACUGAUGUAGAAUUGCUUGAAAAGACAUACUCCACUUUUCAUGCAAACAAUGUUGUCCUGCAGACACAAUAUAGAGAAAAAGGAUUAACCAAAUAUUCUGAAUUAAAAUCUUGCCUUCUUGUGGCUAAGCAAAAUAACGAGCUAUUAAUGAAAAAUCAUGAAUUACGUCCUGUUGGCUCUACUCCAUUCCCUGAAGCGAAUGUGACAACCCAUCACGGGAAAGAAAAUAUAAACAGAGACUAUUCCAGCAGUAGUGGUCGAGGUAGAGGUCGCGGUCGCGGUCGUGGCCAAUGGCGCGGUUGUGGUCGUGGGCAUGGAUAUGGUAGAGGUCGUGGAUUUCACUUUAAAAACUCACAUUCUCACCAAAAGUGGGAACGUAGGGAUGAUAAAGUUAAUAAAGAGAGAAGUGGGACUGAUAUAUGUUACCGUUGUGGAGUGAAAGGACAUUGGUCUCGGAAAGUUGAGGCAAACCUUGUUCUUGAAGAUGGUAAUGAUGAUUUUGAUUUUGGCAAUACAACUCAUUUAGAAGUUGCCGAUUUUCUUAUUUCUCCGAAAGAGAAUAAUAUUGAUUUUGGCAAUACAACUCAUUUAGAAGUUGCUGAUUUCUUCACUACUCCAGAAGGGAAUAAUUAA